AUGUCUUCCUCCGCUCAUGCUCCUACUACUUCCUCUUCUGUCUCCUCCGAUAAUAAUGUUACCGGCGAUCCUUUUGCUUUAGGUGAGGAUUUUGAUCUAAGACGCUACCUUCGUGGCUAUAAAGAUGCACUCGCCCGAGAUGGCAUUCAUUCCCGUACAACUGGUGUCUGUAUGCGUGAUACCAGCAUCUAUGGUUUGGGCUCUGGUUAUGAGUAUCUCACUACCUUCAUUGACAUCUUUCUUAUUCCUUACCGCCACUUCAAAGAGCGACAGGUCGUCAAAAAGGCCAUCCUUUCUCAUAGCCAUGCCCUCGCCAAUGCUGGUGAGCUUGUUAUGGUUUUGGGUCAACCCGGAGCCGGUUGUUCUACUUACUUGAGAUCAAUAACUGGAGAAACAGAACACUAUAAUGGUGUAGAAGGCUCUCUUCAUUUCGAUGGUAUUGAUGCCGUCGAAAUGAAAAAAUAUUACCCAGGUGAUAUUCUUUACUCCGGUGAAAACGAUGUCCACUUUCCCUCUCUUACUACUAGCCAAACCAUUAACUUUGCUGCCCGUGUGCGUGCUCCCCGUAAUCGUCCUUGCAACCUCUCACGCAGCGAAUACAUGGCCCGAGUCCGCGAUCUCGUUGCUACAACUUUGGGUCUUACACACACUUACAAGACAAAGGUCGGUAACGAAUUCGUUCGUGGUGUCUCCGGAGGUGAACGCAAACGUGUUACCAUCGGUGAGGCCUUUGCUCUUCGACCAACCAUCGCCUGCUGGGAUAAUAGUACCCGUGGUUUGGAUUCUAGUACCGCUUAUGAAUUCACCAAUACUCUUCGUAUUUGUGCUGAGGAACUUCAGGUGACUUCCUUUGUUACCGCCUAUCAAGCUAGUCAAAAAAUUUAUGAGCUUUUUGAUCGAGUUUGUGUCCUUUAUUCUGGUCGUCAAAUUUACUAUGGCCCUGCCUCCAAGGCUAAGGACUACUUUCUUGAUAUGGGCUUCAUUUGCCAUCCCCGUGAAACCACUCCUGAAUUUUUGACCGCGAUCACCGAUCCCAAUGCUCGUACACCUAAAGAGGGUUGGGAAGACCGUGUUCCACGUACUGCUGAAGACUUUGAACGUAUAUGGCAUGAGCAUCCCUUGUAUUCCCAGCUUCUUCGUGAAAUGGAUGAAUAUGACAGAAAAUGGGAUGAAAGCUCUCCUUCGUCUACUACUCGCUCCUCAAGGGAAGUUAAUGACGAUAUGUCCGCUGCCACGAAACAUGAAUUGUAUCGUGAAAGUGCUCGUUCUGAAAAAUCAAAACAUUUAUCCAAGAAGUCUCCUUACACUAUCACUUUUUGGAUGCAACUACGCUACUGUUUAAUUCGUUCGUGGCAACGAUUCAUUAAUGAUCCUGCUUAUAUUGGAGCCAUGGCUUUUGCUUUUACGUUUCAGUCACUAAUCAUAGGUUCUAUCUUUUACAAUCUCAAGGAUAAUACAAAUGAUAUGUUCACCCGCGGUGGUGUACUUUUCUUUGCUGUAUUAUUUACGGCUCUUCAAAGUCUUUCCGAAAUUGCCAGUAUGUUUGCUCAACGUCCUAUUAUUGCUAAGCACCGUUCUUCCGCUCUUUACCAUCCAGCGGCCGAUGUCAUUAGUAGCCUUAUCGUUGACAUUCCUUUUCGUUUUAUCAAUGUUACUGUUUUCUCUAUUAUUCUUUAUUUUCUAACUGACUUACGUCGUACUGCCGACGGUUUUUGGACAUUUUACGUAUUUUUGUUUUGUUCUGCCCUUACAAUGACUACUUUCUUCAGAGCGUUGGCUGCGAUCAUGCCUAAUAUAGCUUCCGCUUCUGCUUUGGGUGGUAUGGGUGUCUUGGCUAUCUCCAUUUAUACGGGUUAUGCCAUCCCCAAUAUUAAUGUAGGGUGGUGGUUCCGUUGGAUUUCAUAUGUUGAUCCUGUACAGUUUGGUUUUGAGUCUCUAAUGAUUAACGAGUUCAAGGCUCGUACUUUUCAAUGUGUUGACAUGAUUCCUUCCGGAAGUGACUACGAUAAUGUUUCUACUCAAUAUAAAGUCUGUCCUGUCACCAGUGCUCAGCCUGGUCAAGCUUCUGUUGACGGUUCAAACUACCUUCUUGUCAACUUUAAUUACAAGACACGUCAAAUAUGGAGAAACCUUGCAAUUAUCAUUGGCUUUUACGCUUUCUUGAUUUUUGUAAAUGUUGUUGCCAGCGAGACUUUGAAUUUUAGUGAUGUUAAAGGUGAAUUCCUUAUUUUCCGUCGGGGUUAUGCACCUGAUACUGUGAAAGAGGCUGUUGAAGAAGGCGGAAAACCUUUGGAUUUAGAAACAGGCCAAGAUACUCAAGGCGGUGGUGUUGUUAAAGAAGCUCGAAAUCCUGAAGAAGUGGAAAAGGAAUAUGGUAGUAUUGAAAGUGGACGUGACAUUUUCAGCUGGAGAAAUCUUAGUUAUGAUAUUACUGUUAAAGGCGAAAAGCGACGAUUGUUGAGCGGAGUUAAUGGUUUUGUAAAGCCUGGAAAACUUACUGCCUUAAUGGGUGAGUCGGGUGCUGGUAAGACUACCCUUUUGAACGUGCUUGCUCAGCGUGUUGAUACUGGUGUUGUCACUGGUAAUAUGCUUGUUAACGGUAAUCCUCUUGACUCUACAUUCCAGCGUCGUACCGGAUACGUCCAGCAACAAGAUGUUCACGUUUCUGAAGCUGUUGAAGAAGGCGGAAAACCUUUGGAUUUAGAAACAGGCCAAGAUACUCAAGGCGGUGGUGUUGUUAAAGAAGCUCGAAAUCCUGAAGAAGUGGAAAAGGAAUAUGGUAGUAUUGAAAGUGGACGUGACAUUUUCAGCUGGAGAAAUCUUAGUUAUGAUAUUACUGUUAAAGGCGAAAAGCGACGAUUGUUGAGCGGAGUUAAUGGUUUUGUAAAGCCUGGAAAACUUACUGCCUUAAUGGGUGAGUCGGGUGCUGGUAAGACUACCCUUUUGAACGUGCUUGCUCAGCGUGUUGAUACUGGUGUUGUCACUGGUAAUAUGCUUGUUAACGGUAAUCCUCUUGACUCUACAUUCCAGCGUCGUACCGGAUACGUCCAGCAACAAGAUGUUCACGUUUCUGAAAGUACUGUUCGAGAAGCACUUCAAUUCAGUGCUGCACUUCGCCAGCCAGCCUCUGUUCCUCUUUCUGAAAAGUAUGAAUACGUUGAGAGUGUUCUUAAAUUAUUGGAAAUGGAAAGUUAUGCCGAAGCUAUCAUCGGGUCCCCUGGUUCUGGAUUGAAUGUUGAGCAACGUAAGCGUGCUACUAUUGGCGUUGAGUUGGCAGCCAAGCCAGCUCUUCUUUUGUUUUUGGAUGAACCCACGUCUGGUCUGGAUAGUCAAUCGGCAUGGUCGGUUGUGCAGUUUCUGCGUAAGCUGGCUGAUGCUGGUCAAGCAAUUCUUUGCACGAUUCAUCAGCCUAGUGCUGUGUUAUUUGAUCAAUUUGACAGGUUAUUGCUUCUUCAGAAAGGUGGUGAGACGGUGUACUUUGGUGAUAUCGGUGAUCAUUCCAAGACUUUGUUGGAUUAUUUUGCUAAUCAUGGAGCCACUCCUUGCCCUCCGGAUGCCAAUCCAGCUGAGUACAUUCUGGAUGUGAUUGGCGCCGGUGCUACUGCGAAGACUGACCGUGAUUGGCAUGAAGUUUGGAAUAACUCGGAAGAAAGGAAACAUACAACUGAAGAAUUGGAUAGGAUUGAAAGUUCUAAAGCGAAUUCGAAGAGGGAGGCUAAAAAAGAAGAUACUCAUACAUAUGCUAUGCCUUUAUGGUUCCAAAUUAAAUUUGUGUUGACUAGGAACUUUCAUUCUUAUUGGAGAGAACCUUCGCUAUUAAUGUCUAAGAUGCUCUUGAAUAUUUUCGCAGGGUUGUUCAUUGGUUUCACUUUCUAUAAUCAAGGUUUGGGUUAUCAAAACAUGCAAAACAAGCUUUUUGCAGUUUUCAUGGCAACCGUGCUUGCAGUUCCUCUUAUUAAUGGCUUACAACCAAGAUUCAUCGACCUUCGAAAUGUGUUUGAAGUGAGAGAAAAACCAUCCAAUAUUUACAGUUGGAUCUCUUUUGUUAUUUCCGCGAUUCUCGUUGAAAUUCCAUUCAAUUUUGUAUUCGGUACGAUUUUUUUCUUAUGUUGGUUUUAUCCUGUAAAGUUUUAUAAACAUUUGGAACAUCCGAGUGACAGAACAGGUUAUGCUUGGUUAAUGUACAUGAUAUUUCAAAUGUACUAUUCCACGUUCGGUCAAGCUGUUGCUAGUGCCUGUCCGAAUGCUCAAACUGCAUCUGUCGUGAACAGUUUGGCGUUCACUUUUAUUAUUACGUUUAAUGGUGUCAUGCAACCACUUUCUAAUUUGAUGAAAUUUUGGCAUUGGAUGCACGCUUUGACACCCUUUACCUACAUUAUUGAAGGUUUAUUGAGUGAUUUGCUGCACAAUGUUCCAGUGGAAUGCAAACCUCAAGAACUGAAUAUUUUGAAUCCUCCAUCGGGGCAGACUUGCCAAUCCUACCUGAACAGUUUCAUGCAAAGUGCUAAUGCCGGUAAUUUAUUGAACCCUAAUGAUACGAGCAAUUGUCAGUAUUGUAGGUACCGUACAGGUGACCAAUUUUUGGAGCAAUUCAGUAUGAAGUUUGACCAUCGCUGGCGUAAUUUUGGUAUAUUUAUUGGUUAUGUCUUUUUUAAUGUCUUUGCUGUGUUAUUAUUAUUCUACAUUUUCCGGGUUAUGCGUAUCAAGAGUACCUGGAUUUACAGAAAGAUUACAAGAAGCGCCUAAAAGAAGAAACGAAAGAUCUCUAGGUGUAUAUAGGUAUUUAAGGUAUUUAUUUAAUUUUUGAGUAUGCAGGGCAAGCUCCUUAUAAUAAUUUUAAUUUAUGCCCUAUAAUUAUAUUUUUUGC